AUCAACAGAAAGAAGAAGCAGUUGCCGAGUGUAGACAGAGUAGCGGACCGUCUGACUGGCGCGGUCCUCAUCUCAACCGCACAUCUAACUGUAUCAGUAGUAGCGUAGUGCGGAUGAUUUUGGGCCAGAGAGCGAACUAUGAAUGGGAUAGUGUUGAGCAACAGCAUCACAGUGUUCGAACAGCGUGUCUAUAACAGUUCAAAAACGCUUGAGUUUUAUCAUUGAUGGAUGUAUUGCGGUUAUAGAAAGGAAAACAGUUUGGGCAGCACAGGUAAUCCAUUAGUUAACAGGAAACGAGGCAAAUGAAAAACAAAAAUGGGACAUUCUUUAAACAGAUGACAGCGUUUAGAAAAACUCAAAAUAGUCGAAAAUAGUGACCCAAGUAGAAAUGCCUUCGUUUAUGAGACUUUAUAGUGACUAACAUCAAUAAAAUGACUCGCUACCACCCCUGGUUACAUGAGAGAGAGCCGCUGCUUUGGAAAGACUCGCUGCUUUGAAGCAGUCAAUCGCGAAGUGAAAUCGAAGACAGCAGCAAGUUGUCGCUUUAGGAACAAUCCAGUUCCUUUCGCGAUAGAUAUCUCCUAGCUGUUGCUGGAGUGUAACAGUGCAGUGUCGUCGUCGCGGGUCAUAUAGAUAGUCAAAGUGCACAUAUAGUUCUGACACUUAGAAUAGGCAUAACGACUCACCUAGGGGCAGAAUGUCUACUAACAGCAAUAGACGGGGGACUCGAAAUAAACGGAACAAGCCGAACCAAAUAAUUAAGGACAUAGCAUAUAGCGUAGUGUUCAACAUUUUUGUGAUAAUACAUCUGAUAAUCGAUCAUCUGGUCGAGCUGGUCCUCAAAUGGUACUGGGGACCGAGUCGUGCAAGAUGCCCACCCUUGCAAAGGAAGAACAUCAUUGUGACCUACAGUGUGCAAGAGCUGGCCAAAUUGAUCCGAACCAAGGAAGUGACCUGCCUGGAAGUGGUUAGUGCCUACAUCGACCGCCUGAAUGAAGUUAAUCCGGUUGUGAACGCCGUCAUUGACGGGCCCUUCAUUGAGGCUUUGGAAGAAGCCAAAGCGAUCGACGAUCGCAUCCAGCGUGGGCUCAUCUCGGAAAAUGAAUUCAAUGAGAAGCCCUUCUUGGGAGUGCCUUUCACGACCAAGGAUAGCACAGCCGUAAAGGAUAAGCUGCACACGCUGGGCAUCACCGCUCGGAGGCACGUAAAAGCCAAGGAAGAUGCGGAAUGCGUCAAGCUGAUGAAGGAAGCAGGGGCUAUCAUUAUCGCCACCACCAGCAUUCCGGAAAUCAAUCGAUGGCAAGAAACGAGAAAUAAUCUGAUCGGCCAGACCAACAACCCGUACGAUAGUCGGCGCACGGUCGGUGGCUCCAGCGGAGGAGAAGGAGCCCUGAUUGCAGCUUGUGGCAGCGCCUUCGGACUAGGAACCGACAUUGGAGGCUCUAUCCGUAUGCCAGCGUUCUAUUGUGGAGUUUAUGGUCACAAACCCACGUCAAAUAUUAUCAAUACUCGCGGUUGCUCUCUUCGUACCGGUCGGGAAGCAUCCACCAUGGUCGUGGCCGGGCCGAUGACACGUUACGCUUCUGACCUACGACCCAUCAUGAAGACUCUUGUUGGCCCAAAGACUUCACAAGCGCUCAAACUGGACGAAAAGACUGAUCUGAAGAAAUUGCGCUACUUCUACAUUCCCAGUUCGGGAGACAUCAAGUGCAGUUCGGUGCAUCCGCAGUUGCAGCGCGUCAUGAAUCGUGUAGUUGAGCACUUUCAAGACAUUGCUCCCGGUGGGGUAGAGAAGGUGACCCUGAGUGGCACCGAGAAAACCACCAACAUGUGGCGUUACUGGAUGACCCAAGAACCGGCCAAUUUUGGUAACCUGCUCGGGAACGGAAAGCAACUAUCGCCGCUGGUUGAGUUGGCGAAGAAACUCGUUGGCAACAGCGAUUACACGUUAGCUGCUAUCUACUCACUGAUCGACAGCAUUUUGCCACAGGAAAAUGCAGACAAGAUUAAGGAAAUCACCCGACAAUGCGACCAGGAGCUGACGGAACUGCUCGGUGAUGAUGGGGUAUUGUUCUACCACAGUACGACCCAUGCCGCUCCGUACCAUUAUACUGCGUUCGUUAACAUUUACAACUUUAGCUACUGGUGUCUGUUCAACGUUCUGCACGUCCCAGCCACUCAGAUCCCACUGGGAUUGGAUCCCGAUGGUUUGCCGCUGGGAAUUCAGGUUGUCGCCAGCCGCAACCGGGAUCGACACUGUUUGGCGGUGGCCGAAGAGAUUGAACGCAAGUUCAACGGUCACAUCCCACCGUUUAUCGUUGACUAAGACUGGACGGGAGAUUAUUCCGAUUUGUUUUCUAGAUUAAUUAUUGUUUUGUGAGUUCGUGAACUUUCAGUAAUCGUAAGGUGCUCUUCGGGUGAUCAGGAUUAAUUUUACUGUAGGGUAAUCUAUGUCGAGGCAAACUCUAGCGAAAUUAGUUAAUUUUCAUAUUUCAUUAUUGAAAAACGAAAUAAAUCAAAUUGAGUUUCUAUGCCCAACUUUUAGACUUGAGAUGAUUAAAGAAAUACAAUAGUCGAUAUCCUGUGCGGCAUGUAAGGCGAGACGUGUCGGUGAGGUGUCGACUCGCUCCCAUUUGAUUAACAUUAGUUGCCUCACAUCAUCCGAGGUGAGAUCCACUCGUCUCGACUCACACGCCGCGCAGAUUAAGCACACAAAUAUCAUAGGUUGACGCCUACCAAAACAGUACUGAAAAAAGCUACUUUUCAGCACCGAAAAGAGUUCUGAAAAAUAGCACUUUUCAGCACUGUUUCUUUCAGUAGGAAAAGUAAGCCGUUAUGUCGAUCAACUUCUCAAUGAAAAGUUGACUGAUUUGCAACGGAAUUGCUAAAAAUAAUAUUGAGUUACUUCGCCUAAGUGGACAGCUUAAGAAGAUUAGCAAUAAAUACAAAAUUGAAUAUCAAAUUAAGCUAGUCUCUAGCAAAACCUGUAGGAUUUUCUUUUAAGUUCUGCACGGAAACAGUUCACGUAACAUGGAAAUAAAUAUUAAUCCUACAAUAGAGAAAAUUACUUACAUGCGCUUAUGCUAAACUCUUUUAUCGCGACAACGAAACAGGUAAGCCAAACGAAAAGGAGAUCCAUGAAGCAGUCCAAUGGCGAUGAUUAUGCUUCUAACCGUUGACUCCACACUAUGCCAUGGUGUUGUAGAGAGAAGCGGAAUGUCUUCAGUUCUGCACGCACUUCAAACGUUACUUUCGAACAUAUCAACGAGCCGUUUGAUCUCUCGUCUGGAAUGGUUUCAUUGAAAGUUAGAUCAACAAUUGGGAAUUUCUAUAACCAGCUUCUACUCACAUUCGCGUUGCCAGGGCUUCCGCCGGUUUAAUCGCUUUCGAAAUCUCCUCCGCUUUGGCCAUGAUUGUGUACAUACACUUGAUGUUACCAUCCAUGCAGUCCGUAAGCUUUGUGACGGCGUUUUUGUAGAUCUCCACAUUGUCCGCCGUAAUGGAGGAAAUCGAAUGCAACACCGAGCAGAGGUUUUCCGUCAGAUUAUCAACUGAGGCGGCCAGAGCCUGGGCUUCCCGUUCAAUCUCAUUCAGCACGUUCGGAUCGAUUUGGUGCAUAUGGGGUGGCAACUGGAACGGCUUCGGCAUUAGGCCAUAACCACUGGGUCCGCUAGCCCCGAUUCCACCCGUUGCGGCCGAAGGAGUGCUCUGUCGAGAGCCGGACAGAUUGCUGGAGUCUUUUCGGGUUACCGUCACCGGGCUUGCCAGUUUAAUUUUGUACUCCAGGUUUUCCGCCACAAAGUGUGUCAUGUUUCCGUCCACUCGUACUGUCCCUUCCAAAUUGUACGGAAACGAAGCAUCUGUAAAAGCAAU